GUUAUGUUCUUGCUUGUCACAGUUGACCAGUGGAUGAGAAAGCAUUGCCUUCCCGCCGUGCUACAACAUCCCAACCUUUCUCAAUUCUGCAGAAGCGGAUGUCUGACCAUCCUGUAGGCAUGGCUCACUUGAGAGAAUUUGCCAGCCAGCACUCCAGGGUGGAUCCUGAGGAGCUGUUCACCAAGCUGGAGCGGAUUGGCAAAGGAUCGUUUGGUGAAGUGUAUAAAGGGAUCGACAACCGCACCAAGGAGGUGGUUGCUAUCAAGAUCAUUGAUCUGGAGGAGGCUGAGGAUGAAAUUGAGGACUACAUCACCCGGUACUACGGCUCCUACUUGAAGGGCACUAAGCUAUACGACCUUGCUUGGCCAAGGUUUCCAAGUAACAAACUGAGAGGCUGGAAAAUCCAAGGCAUCAGUCACCCUCCUUUAAGUCAUCUUUCUGCCCUUUAUCAGCUGAAGCCAGGACCCCUGGAGGAGACUUACAUAGCCACUAUCCUGAGAGAAAUACUAAAGGGCUUGGAUUAUCUACAUUCUGAGAGGAAGAUCCACAGGGACAUCAAAGCUGCCAACGUGCUGCUUUCGGAACAAGGAGAUGUGAAACUGGCUGACUUCGGAGUGGCUGGACAGUUGACAGACACACAAAUCAAGAGAAACACUUUUGUUGGGACUCCAUUCUGGAUGGCACCGGAGGUCAUCAAACAGUCUGCUUAUGACUUCAAGGCAGACAUCUGGUCCCUUGGAAUUACGGCCAUUGAACUAGCAAAGGGAGAGCCUCCAAAUUCUGACUUGCAUCCUAUGCGGGUUCUCUUCCUGAUCCCCAAAAAUAACCCUCCAACACUCGAGGGUCACCACAGCAAGCCCUUCAAGGAGUUUGUGGAAGCCUGCCUCAAUAAGGAUCCUAGAUUUAGGCCGACAGCUAAAGAGUUGCUAAAGCACAAGUUCAUCACACGCUACACCAAGAAAACCUCAUUCCUAAUGGAGCUGAUAGAUCGAUUCAAGCGCUGGAAGUCAGAGGGUCAUGGAGAAGAUUCCAGUUCUGGCGAUUCUGAUAUUGAUGGAGACACAGAGGAUGGAGACCAGGGUCCAGUCUGGACAUUCCCACCAACUAUUCGCCCCAACUCCUUGAGCAAGCUGCACAAAGGAAUGGUUCUUCAUGGUUCCCAGAAGCCUACUGAGCCCAUCAAGAGACAGCCACGGUCACAGUGUCUCUCCACACUUGUUCACCCAGUUUUUGGGGAGCUUAAAGAUAAGCACAAGCAGACUGGAGGCAACGUGGGAGCCAUGGAGGAGCUGGAGAAUGCCUUUAGCUUGGCUGAGGAGUCCUGCCCAGGCAUCUCUGACAAACUGAUAGCACACAUGGUGGAGCGGGUACAGAGGUUUUCACACAGUCGGAACCACCUGACCUCUGCCCGCUGACACUGACAUUCCCUGCUGCUGUUUUGAGGGGGGAAGGAUUUUUUCCAGCUUCAUAAGAACUCCAUCUCUAACCCAGACCACCAUCUGCUGUCAGAUGUAACGUUGUGUUACGGACUCGGGGACAUUUCAGAGCCUUCACAUUACCCGUGUUUCCAUGAUAACCCAGGGUAGGGUUUGCAAUGCAAGUACAACUUAGACCUUUUGCGGAACCCGAGAUGGGUGGACAAAUUGUUUUUACAAUGUAAUCAAUGCAGUUUUUAAUUGUUUCCCUAUGGAUAUAUCCAUUUUGGCUUGGUUUGAUUCACAGCUUGUUAUUGGUAAAUGCCUGGCUGCUGGAAAAGGGGGAGAUUCUCGUCCAUUGAGAUGCGCUUCAAAGGCGAGUCAGAUGGGUUUGGCCUCCUGCCCUUCCUAAAGAAGCGUUUGUGAGCAGUAACGUGUGAGUGUGGGUCUGUUUGGAAGCCUUCCAUGCGUUAGGGCCUCUGGGCGAGUUCGGGCAGCUCUCGGGUUGUUCCGGAGGGUUGCUUCAGUUCCUUCGCACACUAAGGAAAAGCUGUCAGGUUUAGCAGCAGCUGAGCUAAUUUGUGACUGCUCUUCCCCAGCCUGUUGCUUCACAGGAGGACGUGUUUGCUGACUGUACUUUUCUGGGCUCUGGGACAUCAUUUGGUAUCAGGCCUUCGUUCAUCAUCUAAUUCAGGCAAGAGGAGAACAUGCCGUGGGUCUCCAGGGCCUGGAAGGCAAAGUGGUUACCUGUGGUGUGGGAGCUGGUGCAGCUCCUUUCCGUGGUGCUUUCUGCAGCUGAAGCAACUGGAUGUGCAGAUGGGGUUGUCCUGGCCUCUACAGCAGACACCUAUUGUGCGUGCCCAGGCAUUGCAGAAGGGUUAAACACGGGGGCGGGGGGAACACAACAGCCAAAGGCAUUGGCAGGGCUUUGAAUCAAAAGGCAGCUCUACAGGGGUAGCGGUUCCUGAGGCGAGGAGCUCCUCCUCUACAGAAAGGCAGCAGCAGCAUCCAUGCGGUGUGGCUGGGGGUUUGCAGAAGUUGCUCUAGGCCUCUGUCCCCUUCUUUUCAACUUUCCCUUUCUGGGCUCUUCUUCCGGACUGGGAGCUGAACUCACUGCAGCCAGGGCUCUGCUCCAGUUGACGAGCUGUGCUGGUGGCUGCUAGCAGAGAAAUGAAAGCGUCUGCUGCCGUAGGGGCUGCUUAAGGUAUUCCCGGGGAGGCAUCCCCAACUAGCCAUGCUUCCUGUAUCACGCUAGCAUAGAAAUCAAACCUUAAUGCAGGCAAAUGCACAGAUCUUAAAUCUGUACUUCAAAGGCCUAGGAAAACAGGCGUAGGACAACAACUUCUGAUAACUGGUUGCUCAGAGAUCUGCUCUCUAAUUGUAAAGAUAUUCCCAUGAGGUCAGCAAGACCUCAGCUAGCCAGAUCCUCUGCCUGGGGGGGGUGUGUGUGAAUGAUAGGGCUCGCCCCAAAGCCACCCAGAACAAAAGCUGUAGCUGUUCAGCAGUUUUUGUGGUUUUUUUUUUUUAAAGCCAGGCCACUUUGUUAGUAAGAAGGCUUCAUUUUUGGUACUUUGAUUCAGACCUGCGGAUUGUUUAAGUGCUGGGCCAAAAGUAGCUCGAAAGGACUAUCCAUUCCUUCAUCCUGGCGUGCGCUUGAGUUUGUGACUGUCCUUAACGUUCCUCUCCGAUGGAUCAGUACGGGCUCAGCAGCACCAUGACCUUGUCCAGUAGCAAAGAGGUGCUGCUGCUUGACCUUGCUGGACCUCUGCAGAGCGGCAUCCCUCUGCGUGAGAGCUGUCGCGGAGCCUGCGUUGAUGAAGAACAGAACAGACCCAUUUCUUCCCUCGAGAGAAAGAGUUAACCCCUAGCCAGGAAUCUAGUGGAGGCAGAGGCUGCAGCCCAGCAGAAAGAUGGCUGAAGGGCUCCUGCUGCUUUGGAGCUGCUGUUCAUGACAGUAGCAAAUCGUGUCACUAAGGUACCUUGUGUUCUUACUCAUAUGCGCCGCAGGGUAAUGAGUGACCUUUUUAAAGGAAACAAUCCCCACAAACUUCGUCCAGUAGGCGAAGCAACGAUGCUUUCGGUUUUUAAAAAUGUUGAAAGGGAUCUGCCACUUUCAAUAAAGUAACAAAA